GAUCAGAGCAUGGAUGCGGGUCUGAUGCAAAUGCAGGGGAGGUUGGCUGAUUACAUGAACGCCCUGUUCAACGAGGAGAUUCUGGAUUCUCAGUACUUGGAGCUUCAUGAACUGCAAGAUGAGAGCAACCCAGGUUUUGUAGUGGAAGUGGUGUCUCUUUUCCUCACUGAUGCUGAGAAGCUUCUCGAUGAUCUCUCCAGAGAUCUAACUCAGCAAAAUGUGGACUUCAAAAGGGCACAUGCUCAAGCACACAAGUUGAUGGGCAGCAGCUGCAGCAUAGGAGCUCCGAGAGUCAAGAGUGCCUGCAUAGUCUUCCAAAACUUCUGUCAGGAGAAAAACGUCCGCGGGUGCCAGAGAUAUCUGCAACAAAUGAAACAAGAAUUCGUCCUUGUGAAAGGCAAGCUCAAAGCUCUUUUCGAGCUGGAGAAACAAGUUGUGGCUGCUGGUGGGUCGAUCCACAGGAUGCAACCAAUCAAUCCAAGCCAUUGAUGGCAAUUGUCGGCAUGUUUUGAAGAAGAAGAAGCAUUUAGAAGCUACUAUGAUACUUCUUAGGCUCAGCAUGGGUAGUGUUUGCAACUAAUAAGCUUUAACGCUAAUGAACGACCUUACAAGGUAUUUAAUUUUUCCCCAUAUGAGUUGACAUAUUUUCGGUUUGAAAGGGGCUCAGCCUUAUUUCACUUUGGAAAUGGUAUUUAAUAAAGCUUGAGAGAAAUUUUCAGCAUCAUCAAUGUAUGCAAAUCGUAUGAAUCCCAUGUUAGAUAACAUUA